AUGCCUGUCACCGUGGCCAUUCCCAAUGGUAGAGUCAAUUCUUGGCAUCAACCCAAAGCUGAAAACACUUCACAGCUCCUACAAGGAGCUAGUUCCCGGGAAGCAGAUGGGUGCAAGCAAAUCAUCCAAAGUUCGUUCUCCAUCAACGGGUCCCUCGAAGAAAAUCAUGUCACAGCGUCAAAGAACGGCCUCGUCUGGUCAUGCUUCUACGCAUACAGCACUCACCAUCAUCUCAUCAUUCGCCCCGAAGAUGUCUGGUUUGCUAUGAUUACCCAACUCAGUGUUUACAUCAACGCCAACUCCGAAAGGAUGCGGGAUUUCUUUGUUAGCCAUGAGGGCCAGAAAAAGCUCGAGGUUAUUGACAAUUCGACUCUGCAUACUGCUGACUACGGAAAACUCUCCCAGAGAAUGACGCUCAAGAUCAAGAAAGAUAUCAAAGACCCUUCCUUCCGAGAAUGGGUUCUUCCUUCGUUCUCGACGACUACUGAAAAUGAUCGCAUCGUUGGUUCUGUGCUCCUCAUGGGCACACUACAGAGAUACUUCUCUUAUAGAAUAAGUAUACUAUGUGGUCUCCCUUCAGUAACACUUCUCGGAGAAGUUACCGACUAUGAGGACAUUCUCACAAGACUUGAUAAACUGGAUGAAAUGGGCGAGGAACCAACUCACUUCGCCAAGCUUCUACGGCCAAUCCUUCGAGAUAUGAUUCUCUCUUUUACUCAGCCUUCCGACCCAGCCACCCAUAUGUUUUGGAACCAGAUUGCUCAUAUAAAGCGCGGGUCAGGGUCAGCAAGACUGUCAGGCUGGAUCACGGCAUUCUGUUUCUGGACCGACGAAGGAGAGGCCAGAAUGCCCGCUCAGCGGAAUGACGCCAUGGAGGAAAUAUCAUAUCCGAGUGUCGACACGAAUGACAUUCCUUGUGGAUAUGUCACUGUCCCGGUUGAAGUUGACGAUCGUGGAACCUUGUAUAGUUGCAGGAUGCUUGCUGGGUCUGUUGGUAUGCAAGCUCUUCCAGGCCCUGAAGGUUAUGUCCCUGCUCUUGAGGAAAGAACUAACAAGGAAGUGGAUGAGAAGAAAACGGGAGUAAAGCCUGUGACAGGGUGGAUGAUCUACGAGGUUGCAGAGCCGCAGAGGCCAGGUGAAGAGGCGGCCUAUGAAAGACCAAAAAAUCCAAUUUGGGACUUGAUAUAA